UAUUUAAUUAUGUGGUCCCACCAAAAGAAGAAUAUUUGGGUUUGCAAAAACUGAUUUCUAUGCUUUAUACUAUAGCAGCCCCUUUAUUAAACCCCAUUAUAUACAGUCUGAGAAAUGAGCAGUUUAAAGAAGCAAUAAUUCAAUUUAUUUUGAAGAGAAAAAGGGAAAAUUAAGAUAAAACUAUAUCAAACUGCAAAUAUUUAUUUACUUUAAAUAACAUAAAAAUGUAUUUAAACAAUUCAAACAGUACAUUACAUUUACCACAUUUACCACAUUUACAUUUAAAUUACUAUUAUUAAUUUGGUGGACGAACAGACAUGUAGUUGUAACCAGACACACAGGAACAGAGGGGUUGAGGGCCCUGCUCAAUGAGCUUACAUGCUAGAAGGAGUGGGGUAAAGUGACACAAAAGGUAAGGAUAGUAUUAGACUAAUAACAGUUGCAAGAGAGGAAUCAGUCGGGAGCUAUUAACAGUUUAAUUGAUACACUUUUAUGAAGAAGUGGGUUUUUAAUGAUUUUUUGAAGGAGUGGAGACUGGGUGAGCAUCUAACGGAAAAGUGAAGUGAGUUCCACAGGAAUGGUGCAGCCCUGGAGAAGUACUGAAGGCGAGCAUCAGAGGUGGGAGUACAGACAGAAGAUAGACGUAAGUCUUCAGCAGAGCAUAAGGGCCUAGACGGGACAUACUUGUGUAUUAGCAGGGAUAGAUAGGUGGGAGCAGCAUUAUCUAGAGAUUUGAAAGCAAGAACCAGAAUUUUAAAUUGAGCCCUAUAUCUUACAGGAAGCCAAUGUAGGGACUGACAGAAAGGUGAGGCAUGGGAGGUGCGGGCGGACAGGAAGAUGAGCCUCGUUGCCACAUUCAUUAUGGACUGUAACAGUGCAAGUUGGGAGCACGUAAGACCACUGAGAAGUGGAUUACAGUAGUCAAGGCAAGAAAGGACAAUGGAAUGGACCAGCACCUUAGUCGCAUCUGGCGUUGGGUUGGAUGCGUGCAAUGUUUUUGAGAUGGAAACAACAUGAAUUGGCGAUAGACUGAACAUGAGGCGUGAAGAAGAGGUCGGAGUCAAAGAGAACACCUAUGCAGCAAGCCUGCGUGGUGGAACUGAUGUUAGCACUGUUGACUUGGAGGGAGACAGACACAGGAGUAGCAACACUUGAGGGAGGAAAGACUAGUAUUUCAGUUUUGGUCAAGUUGAGUUUAACCCCUUAAGGACACAUGACAUGUGUGACGUCAUGAUUCCCUUUUUUCCAGAAGUUUGGUCCUUAAGGGGUUAAGGAAGUGGGCAGCCAUACAGUAAGAAAUAGCAGAGAGGCAGUCAGUGACACUAGUCAAGAGGGAUGGAGAGAGAACAGGAGAGAACAGGUAGAUUUGCAUGUCAUCCUCAUAGAAACGAUAUUGGAAGCCAAAGGAGUUAAUGCGUUUUCCAAGGGAGGCAGCAUAGAUAUAUAUAUAUACCACGGUAACAAAGAAUACAUUCCUCCUAGCAGCCUCAUUUUUUGAUAUUCUGCUUAAAAUAAUUCACAGGGUUUGUCUGACCUCAGUUCUCCAAUUUGAAAUUGGUCCUUCCAAUUCAAAUAAAUGUCCAAAAUACUAUAAUGAUCCUAUAUUAAAUACACACUAAACCCACUAGCCUGUGACGUUUAUGGAUUGCUUUCUUUCUGGAUGCCAGUCACUCAGUGAGCAGCAAUGAGUAAAACAUGUUGGAGUAGCAGUGACUACCCGUGCAGGUACUGUUACUGGAGACACUAUAUUUUAAUCUUUUUACCUGCAGGUCUCUCCCCUCUGCCAA